UGCUUCUGAAAAGUGAAAAACCCAAACAAAAAAUUGUCAAAGGCCAAAGCCCCAACAGAAAACCUCUUUCCAGUCUCCACUAAUUUGAUUCACGUCAAAAUCCCAAUCUCGAUUUCACCUUCAAUUUACUCUUCCUCUUACCUUUGAGAGAUCGCCAUGUUUAUGCUUAUAAAUUGCUCCAACUGCCGGACCCAAUUGCAGCUGCCUCCGGGCGCCCGAUCCAUCCGGUGUGCAAUUUGCCAGGCCGUGACUCAAGUCGCCGAUCCACGCGCCGUCAAUCCUCCGCCGGCUACUCAUCAUUGGCCCCCUCCGGGUCCUCCAUCCGCCGCCUCUCCUUCGCCGUAUAACCACGCCCCUCCUGGCCCUCCACCCAACCCUCACGGCCGCAAGAAGGCCGUGAUCGUCGGCAUAUCUUACAGGUACUCCAGGCACGAGCUCAAGGGAUGUCUCAAUGACGCCAAGUGUAUGCGCUACCUUCUCAUCAACAAGUUUCAAUUUCCAGAAUCUUCCAUUCUUAUGCUCACAGAAGAAGAGACUGAUCCCUAUAGAAUCCCUACCAAAUACAAUAUGCGAAUGGCCUUAUAUUGGCUUGUGCAAGGAUGUCAACCCGGAGAUUCCUUGCUCUUUCACUAUUCUGGGCAUGGCUCGAGGCAAAGGAACUACAAUGGUGAUGAAAUUGAUGGAUAUGAUGAAACAUUAUGUCCUCUGGACUUCGAAACUCAGGGAAUGAUAGUUGAUGAUGAAAUUAAUGCAACAAUUGUCAGACCUCUUCUUCAUGGGGUUAAGCUUCAUGCUAUAAUAGAUGCUUGUCACAGUGGAACUGUCCUGGACUUGCCAUAUCUUUGUAGAAUGAACAGGAGUGGUCAAUAUUUGUGGGAGGACCAUCGUCCCCGUUCAGGUAUUAUGAAGGGAACUAGUGGAGGUGAAGCUAUUUCUUUCAGUGGAUGUGAUGAUGACCAAACUUCAGCUGAUACAUCUGCUCUAUCAAAAAUAACCUCAACAGGUGCCAUGACGUUCUGCUUUAUUCAAGCUAUUGAGCGUGGGCAUGGAAGAACAUAUGGUAGCAUAUUGACUGCAAUGAGGGCAGCAAUUCGAGAGGCAGGAGGUUCUGGAGGUGACCUUGGUGGUGGUGGUGUCACAUCUCUCCUCACCAUGCUUGUGACAGGUGGUAGUGGUAUUGGUGGUGGAUUUAGACAGGAGCCGCAGUUGACUGCUUGCCAGACUUUCGACGUGUAUGCAAAGCCAUUCUCUUUGUGAAAUCCACUCAGUUUACCUUCGUGUUUACUUUUGUUGUGGGCAGGGUGGUGGUGUUGUGAGCUUUCUCUUGUGUCCGUUGUUUAUAAUACAAAGGAUUUUUCAAUUAUUAUGGUGGAAUUAUACUUCUUUCAUUUCUUUCUAUUUAAAGGAAACUUUAAUAAAAACAAAAAACUAUUUGUUAAUUUACCUAUUAUUGCCAGUAUUUUUUUGGUGUAAUGCACAAGUGUAUAUACAUUCUAUAUAUUGAUCCAAAUUCCUAUCA